AUGGCUAACAGUUUCAUCAAAUCAGGCAGAGUUGGUAUGUGAUACUCGCUAGCUCGGGAUGUUGAGGGAUAAUGAAAUACUUGUGAAAGUGGAAGGAAAUUACCGAUUUACCCAUUUGGACGCAAUCAUCGCAACCCAGGCGAAUUUAUUCAGAUAGCUUAUUCGCAACAUUUCCAUGACCAAGCGCCAACAGUUACAAUCGAUUAAUCCAGUGGAAAGAUAGAACAGAGAUAGAGAUAGAGACAUGGCGGGAGAGAGAUGUCACCUCUCCCAGUUCCUACAAUUUUGUCAAGGUUUUAUAUCCAUUUCACUACAAGAAGAGCCCCUUUCAAAGAAAAAAAAGUUUUUAAGAGAUGAGUGCAAGUAAUACUAACUAUAUUCAUUUAGCCAUCGUUGUCCGUGGACGUUAUGCAGGUAAAAAAGUAGUCAUUGUGAAACCACAUGACGAAGGUACCAAGUCACACCCAUUCCCACACGCCAUUGUAGCUGGUGUUGAAAGAGCCCCAUUGAAGGUCACCAAGAAGAUGGACGCUAAGAAAACCGCCAAGAGAACCAAGGUGAAGCCAUUCAUCAAAUUGGUCAACUACAACCACUUGAUGCCAACAAGAUACUCGUUGGAUGUUGAAUCAUUCAAAUCCGCUGUUUCAUCAGAAGCUUUGGAAGAGCCAUCACAAAGAGAAGAAGCCAAGAAAGUGAUCAAGAAGGCCCUUGAAGAAAAACACCAAGCCGGUAAGAACAAGUGGUUUUUCCAGAAAUUGCACUUUUAA